AUGAGAACCUGUGAGGAUGAACAGGAUUGGAAACUGUUAGCUGAUAUUCGACAAGAGAUUCACACAAUUCUUAAAACGAAGGCAGAAGCCAAUGUUAGGUGUAUGCCCGAGCGGUGUGCAAAACAUCUUCGUUUAACUGUUCAGAAGCAACUGCUAAAUCAAGAAUCCAAUAGAUCCCUAAUUCCAUUUCUCAUUCAUCCUACGAAAGGGAAGGUGUCGGACAUCGAAUCAAUGCACGAAGUCGCUGAAGCCUUUUAUCAAGAUUUGUAUUCAGAGAAGAUGAUUGAUAGUGGUUCAUGGAACACAUUAUUUAAUGGGCUACCAGUACUCUCAGAUGCUGAUGCUCUUCAACUAGAACGGAACAUCACAGCGACAGAAUGUCACGCUGCACUUUUGGAAAUGGAACUAGGUAAGUCUCCAGACUAUAAAAUUAUAUCCAAAGUACUUGCUCAACGACUUAAACUUGUCAUGGAAAAAGUGGUGCAUCCGGAUCAAACUUGUUCGGUACCAAAUCGAACACUACAGGAUAACAUUCAUCUUGCUCGAUCAAUAAUAAAAUAUCACAGACAACGUCGAGAAGCAUUUGGUCUUGUACAAUGGGAUCAAGGAAAAGCCUUUGAUCGAAAGCCACCUUUAGAAUCAACAUCAAUGGCUUCAUGUCAAUCACAGUUCGAUUCUUGUCUGGCAUAA